UUUAAUGUGUAGUAACAAGUAGGAAAUGGGAUUAAUAGCUAAUAGCUAAGUUAACGCUAGACACAAGUGUUCAACUCGGUUAUAAAAACGACAUCGAUAUGUUUGGCUGACGGUAAAUGUCGUGUUUUUUUUUUAUUCCGUUAGAGUUUUAUUUGCGCUUCCGGGUUAAUAGAUUAAUAGGUAAAGAGAGGAGUUAGCCUGCUAGCUAGCAGGUUUCUCUGAGCCCGGGUCAUCUUCAUCUUAGACGCCACACUAACAGGCAAAAGUGAAAAUGUUUGAUGACUUCUUCCAUCACAUUGAAACAGAACUUGGGCCACUUAACCCUGACUGGUUUGAGGAGUUGACGUUGAGAGCUUUUGAAGCUGGAUGUAAUAACUCCAAUGUUGUCGAAGAUGAAACCUCGGCACAUAAAGAUGAAGGUGCUUUCAGAGCUCCAGCUAAGACGCCGGUCUUGGACAGUCAGAUGUGUUCAACACCCAGGAUAUUUCGGCGCGGACAGCAACAUUCUCCCGCAUCGUGUCUCGAAGAUUCUCUCGAUUCGGGAAUGCAGAACCUGUUUCCUGUUCCACCAGGUGCAGAAUCCAGCCCGUGUCUGUUUGGCUUAGCUAAGGGCAGCGAGCAGUUUGAAAAAGGCUGGGGAUCCCUGAAUACAAGUGAGUGCUUGGAUCUACUUGACACACCAACAGAUUUAAAAACCCAGGCUUCGUCUGCACAGCGGAUCUGCGAGAGCCUCGGCGCUCAGUUAAAUCCUGAUCUGUCAUGGAGCAGCUCUUUUAACACACCGUCAGCACUUACCCCCACCGUUAUUUUGUCCAAAAGAGAAGACCAGUCUCCACCAGUAAGUUUUCUCAGAGACAAAGAAGUGAUUAUUGUCCGAAAGCUGUUUCCGUCACUUUCAAAAGGCACAGACGCAUCCAGUGCGCAACACAACGACGAGAGUUUCCAGGCAGACGAACAAAAAUCUAAUUCGUCCUUUGAGAAUAAAGACGGUGUUUGGAAGCAGACAGUGCCAGAUGCGAUAACUGACGGCGCGGUGCGCAACACGGUGGAGAGCGUCCUUCACGGCAGCGAAGACGUGCUGUCGUUCUUCUUUACGAACAGCGGCUCGGCCCUGCGAAGGGUUAAAACCCAGGAACGUAAAAAGAGGGUGAACGGUGUUUCUAAAGACGUAAAGUCCCGUGACAAUCUCGUCGCACUAGAUCACACUACAGAUUGUACACCAGCAUCGAAGACGGACACUAACGCCGGCGUUGCGAUUUUAAAGUCACCUUUAUUUACAAGUCAGCUUGACGAAAAGGAUUUCUCACAGUGGACUCCACUCAGUUUAUCCGACGUCCACGACCCCAAGACAAACCAGGUCUGUGUUUCUGAAUUGCAGAGUAAACUCGCCGGUCCUCAGGUACACUCCUCAGCUGGAAAUGAUGUUUGUAAUAAAUACAUCGCACAGUCUUUUUCACACGCGUCCGAGCAACAGCGGGCCUCUCCUGAUCAGUGUCUUGAGAAGUCUCAGGGGCGAAAUUCUUUCCUGGAGACGUCUCCGGCACUCACCUUCUCAAGAAAAACAAGGAAGUUUGUGUAUCGAGUACAAAAUACACUAAAAAGUGAAAGGAUAAACAGUGUCACUGAUGAUGUUGCUGAAAAACCCAACCAGGACUCCUCUCAAUGUCACCGCGAGGAAGCCACAGACACCAGAGAUUGUUCGGAAACCACGAUUAAAAGUCUUAACUUAGACCCUGACCUCGAUAUGACUCAGCUUUGCUGCGCGUUCGAGGAGGAUUUUACUCAGGAACUAAACAUGUCAAAACCUCCACAUGAAAUUAGACAGACCAGCCGUAUCUCAAUGCCAGUUUGCUCAACGACAGAAUUAAGCAAAACGCAGCUUAAAACUGAACCUGCGAUACAGAGUGAAGGUCAUGUUGACCACCUGGUAGACGAAGGCAUCAGUUUAACAGAUAUACAGUCGAUCGAGAGCACGGUGCGCAACAGCGGCUGUACUAUUGGUUUCAGCAAAGAAACGCAGUCAUGCGCCGGUACAGAACAUCUCAAUUAUGGCUUUAAAACGGCAAGUAAUAAGCCAAUCGUAGUAGCUCCUGAAGCUUUAGAGAAAGCCAAAGCGGCGUUAGACGAAUCCGUAGAGCCAACGACGCACACAGGAGCGACCACAGCAGGUACAAUGCGGUGCGAUUCUGACAAACCAGAGAAAACGCUUUCAGAAAGCCAUCACCCCGGACAUGACGCUGUAAAAUCUGAGGCAGUUGCAGAGGACGUUCCUGACACGUUCGCCUGGGAGACGAAUGAAUCCGGCUUCAAGACGGCAUCUAACAAAAGUAUAGCCAUCUCGACUGCGAAUCUCGAGAAAGCUAAAGACUUUUUCACGCAGUUAGAUGAAGCCAAGUCCGAUACGCGGCUGUCGUAUAACUGCGACUCGAAAAAGAGUUGGAAAUCGUCGCAGCGUUCCAACGGUCAUGAGGAGGACAGGGGUUCGUCAACUUUGACAGCAUCGCAAAGGGCAGAUGUGACCGAGCUGUGCAGUAUGUUAGAAGAGGCAGGCAGCCAGUACGAGUUUACUCAGUUUAAUCACACGAAGAUGAGCUCAAAAUGUCCUGAAAGCGUGCAGCUCGAGAGAGAGUUUGACCCCGAGAUACUCGACGGUAUCGAUUUUGACGACAGUUUUAACUGCGAUCUAGCAGACAAGCAGCUGACAAAAAAGCAUCCCGCUAAGUCAAUCUUAAACGGUCUGACGAGUAUUCAGGAUAUAAAUGUUAAAAACCCUUCAUGCGCUAAUCCGUCGGAGAUACCCGAUGACGACAGUGUGCAAAGGAAGACUUUUCAGUCUGGGUUCAAGACUGCGAAGGGAAAUGCUGUGAUCGUCUCUGAGAAAUGUUUAAGCAAGGCAAAAAGCCUUUUUGCAGACAUCGAGGAUGGCGACGGAAAUGUCGGUCUUGAGAGCGAUACUGCUAAACAAGAGAAAAAUCAGUCAGGUGACCACCAGAACAAGUCUUGCAGGAUGACCGUGGAAUCUGAUCCUGAGCUCAAUACUAGGUUAAAUCUGGUAUGUAACGGAAAAGCAAACUCUGUGACGAAAGAAGCUAACACCACAAACGAUCGAGUGAAUCUGGAAAUACUUCAAGGAGAUUUAAUCCCGAGCAACGCCGUCAAUUUUGGGUUUACUACUGCGGGAGGGAAGGAGGUCAAGAUCUCAGAGAAAGCUCUUGAAAAUGCAAAGAAGCUUCUAAAUGAAGCCGCAAAUGAAAAAGAUUCAGGAAAAAACUCUGUCUCUCGCACUCCAGUGCGUAAUCCGUCUCACGCGAUGGCAGAAGUGCUUCACGAUUCAAAGACGUCUGAUAUAUCCUUACCAAGAGAUGGGAAAGAAAAGGGCCCAGAGGUAAAACAGGCAGCGUUUCCGGCUCCUCGGUCCGUGGAAAGUAACGGGUUUCAAACGGCCAACGGCAAAAUGGUGUCGGUCUCGGUAAGCGCAAUCAAGAAAACGAAAACCAUUUUCGGCGUUGUUCAAGACGGCUCAAGAAGAGCAGAUGCAACGGACCCGAAGGAAGAGCCUGCCAGACUAAAUUUUGGAGGAGACGUGGGCCAACACGCGUUUGCCAACGGGUUUAAGACAGCCAGUGGUAAAGGAGUGAGCUUUUCCGAAAAAGCCUUCAUGAAAGCCAAGACGUUUUUUGAAAGUUGCGAUCCUGAUUGCGUGGAUAUUCUUCGAGUAAAAGGAGACGGCGCGAGUAAGAUGGAUGACCACGGCUUCGAGGUGGGUGUAAGAAAUGUGCCGCGAUCGCCUGGAACGGACCUUCUGAAUAGAGAGGAGUUCAAGAGAGACUCCACAGAUCGGAACGAGUAUGUCAAAAGGAAAUUCUCCAAGACCUCCGGCGAGACUCUUCAACCGCAGGGUUUCAGUACAGCAGGCGGGGCCACGGUGUCCGUUUCAGCCCGAGUGCUAAACAGAGCUACAGCAAUGCUGGAUGAUUUAAACGCUACUCCAUCUGGUGAAAAAAGAUUGCGAAUAUCAGAAGGUAAAACUAUUUCCGAAGACAAGACAGAUAUUUCAGAAAAACCCUGCGGUUUUAGUACUGCGAGCGGGAGAAAAGUUGCCGUUUCUGAGAAAGCCCUCGAGAAAGCGAAGAGUCUUUUUACUGACUGUGACGUGGAUGGAUUAGGACCUGAUCCUGGUCAUCUGUCAGCCCCGAAGACGUCGGGAGCAGGUCCUGAGAAUACGAGAUCGACUGUUAACAUUGCUAGUAGCAAGCAUGUUACUGGGUCAGAAAAGGAGGUGACGGGUAAGGGUAAAGAUUUGUUUGUCACCCGUGAUGUCGCUUCAAUCAACCUUGUGCAAACGAGACAAAAUUCAAGUGAAUCUUUAGGUUAUAAUAAAGAAUGUGUGCAAGCUGAUGCUGAAAAAUCUGAAGCAAGCUAUAAAAAGAUGGAUAAAGACUUGGGAUCAGGAAAUCCCGGUUUCAGCACAGCCAGCGGAAAAGGCGUUUGUGUGUCAAAGUCAGCCCUCAAGGUAGCUUUCGAGUUGUUCAGGGAUUGUAAUGUAGAACCGGUUACUAAUGAUCAGGAUCAAAUCAUCACCAAUGGAGCAAAUCUUAACAAAACACUAGUUGUGCCAAAGGCCACAGACGCGAGUCCGUCCCUCGCAUCACAGGCCACAUGUCAUGAUCCUCCCCUGCUCGGCCAUCAUUCUUUAAAUCUUGACGGAUGUACUGUAACCCAGCAACGGUAUUUUGAGCAAGAAGCAAUGGCUUGUACUAAGGCACUUUUAGAGGAUGAUCUCAACGAGAACGGUUUAAGUGGCUCAGAUGCCAUCAGGAAACCAAGUCCAACUGUAACUCAGGAGACAUGUUCAGAGGUGAGGAUGGGAAUGCGAAAACGGACCUCGGAUGGGAAGUCUUUGACCGGUCAACCCCCUUUGAAAAGAAGACUCGUGUCAGAGUUUGAACAGAUCUCAGAGGACAGAACUGCAAAUGCUCCGGUGAAAUGCAGCCCAAAUGGGAGUCUGAAAGACAGAAGAGUCUUCAAAUACAACCUGAAGCCCAAUAUCACGUGUCCGUCCAGGAAUGUUGAGGGCCCAACACCAGCCAACCCCGGUCACCUAAAAAGCAGACCAUCAGACCUCAGGGCUCCUGUGUUCAUCCCCCCAUUUCGAAAUAACCCUAAAUCUGAGACACCAAAGAGCUGUUUUCCAGUAACUGCGGCUCAUGUCCCCAGCACGUUUGUCCCACCCGUUACAAAGAAAGAAGCGUCAGGUAGUGUUUCUGUGACGGAUUCAUCACAAAGCUCUGGCGAUUCCGCAGGCACAACAACGAGCAGGAUUCACUCAGCCGAGAAACCCGAGGACCAGAAACUGACCACAGACACCAUAAGAGAGGAGACUCUGGAGAAUCACACCACUCUACCCCCUGAAAGCAACGUCAUUUGGCAGCAGACCUUGGAGUUAGCGAAAGAUAUGCAGAACAUGAGAAUCAGGAAAAAGACCCGCCAAAGAGUUCGACCCCUGCCCGGCUCCUUUUACCUAGCGAAGACAUCAGGGGUGAGCAGAGUUUCCCUAAAAGAGGCUGUAGGACACAAGUGUCCUGAGCUACACACAGAAGAACAGCUUUAUCAGCAUGGUGUACCCUUCAAAGUGUCCCAGAUCACCAGCGAGAAUGCAGAGUCGUUCCAGUUCAGCUGUGAUGAGUUUUUCAAACGCGAGGUUCUCCGAGAGAACGGAGGGGUCCAGCUGGCUGAUGGUGGGUGGCUGAUUCCAGAUAACAGGGGAAUGCUGGGUAAAGAUGAGUUUUACAGAGCCUUGUGUGACACUCCUGGGGUCGAUCCCAAACUGAUAAGUGAAGCUUGGGUGUAUAACCACUAUCGUUGGGUCGUGUGGAAACGAGCGUCCAUGGAAAGAGCCUUCUCGGAAGUGAUGGGUGGUCGGUGUCUCACUCCAGAGCAGGUGCUCCUUCAGCUGAAACUCAGGUACGAUGUCGAGGUGGACCACAGUCGAAGAUCGGCCCUGAAGAAGAUCAUGGAGAGAGACGACACCCCAGCCAAGACCAUGGUGCUCUGCGUGUGUGGAAUUGCCAAACGUGACGAUAAUCCAGUCAGGACAGAGGGGGCCGUGGAUGCCACAGAUCAGAAGUCAGAGUCUCCUGUUGCCAUCCUGUGGCUAACCGACGGCUGGUAUCAAAUCAAAGCUCUGCUGGACCUUCCUCUGACCACCAUGCUGCGAAAGGGCCGUCUCAGAGCGGGCACGAAACUUGUGAUCCAUGGUGCCGAGUUGAUCGGCUCUCAGGACGCUUGUCCUCCUUUAGAGGCUCCCGAUUCACUCAUGCUCAAGAUUUCAGCCAACAGUACUAGACGAGCCCGCUGGGACACCAAGCUUGGCUUCCAUAAAGACCCUCGACCCUUCCCACUUCUACUUUCCUCAGUCUUUGCUACCGGAGGAGCGGUGAGCUGUGUGGACAUCGUCGUGUUGCGGAGCUACCCAACACAGUGGAUGGAGAAGAAGCCAGGUUCGGUGUUUGUGUUUCGCAACGAGCGAGCUGAAGACAGAGAGGCAGCACGCUAUAACAGCACCAAACAAAAGACCAUGGAGCUUCUGUUCUCCAAAAUACAAGCCCAGAUUGAGAAAGAAGAAGAAGAAAAGAAGAAUGGCAAGAGAAGCAGAACAUUUAGUCUUAAUGAGAUUAAGAGCCUGCAGGAAGGGGAGGAGCUUCAUGAUGCACUUGAGAGCGAUCCAGCGCUCGUGGAGGCGCAUCUAAGCACACAGCAGGUGAAGGCCGUAAGCAGCUACAGACGAGAGUUAACUGAAAAGAAGAGGGCGGAGCUACAGGACCGGGUGCACAAGGCUGUACAGGAGGUCGAAGGGGGCUGCGCUCCGCGAGACGUUACUCCUGUCUGGAAACUCUCCAUCGCCGACUCUAACGAUUUGCACAGCAGCCGCGUAUACACACUGAAUAUCUGGAGACCCUCUGUGGAGUUGCGCUCCUUAUUAAGAGAGGGCUGCAGGUACAAGGCUUAUCAUCUGGCCACAUCAGCGAGCAAGAAACGCUCAGACAUUUCCAACAUCCAGUUUACGGCCACCAAGAAAACACAGUUUCAGGACAUUGAGGUUUGUCCAGAAUGGUUAAGUCUACAUUUUCCUGCAAGACAAUCAGUAAAAUUCAGAGAUCUUAAGAGCCCUGGAUUCAGCUCUCCAUGUGGAGAAGUGGACAUUGUGGGAUACGUAAUCUCCAUCUUGGAAAAACAAGGUCCGUCUCCUGUGCUAUAUAUUGUGGAUGAAAAAUUUGAUUUCAUCUCCGUGAGGAUCUGCAGCAGCCUGGCUGUUCUCGCUCUGGAGGACGUGGUAAAGCCAUUAGCUCUCCUGGCUGUGAGCAACCUGCAGCUCCGACAGCAGUCUGGCCCGGUCCCCGGCCUUUAUGCUGGAGAACAAGCAUUAUUUUCGACAAGCCCCAAAGAAGCACACUUACUGGAAGAUAUUUCUCGACUAAAGAAGUUUGUUGAGGAUUAUGAGCAUUUCUUCAUAGCUGCAGAAGAGAAGCUUUCCAACCUGAUUCCAACUUUUUUCUUGAACUCUUGUGAGUCCCCGAGAACUCCAGGUUUAACGUCUGCGCCAAAACCGAACGACAGAAAUAAUGUAACGCCUCAUCAGACAAGUCGACUUUUCUCCCCUUUCACCCCAGUGACCAAACAGACUCCUGUACCAACCGGAAACUCGGACACUAAGGACCCUAGGAGUGUGAAAAGGAAGCGUGGUAUGGAGUACCUGACACGCCUCCAAAACCCGGCGCCCCUCGUUCCUCUAGGAAUGGUCCGUUCUCCCAGAGUCAGUAAGACGUUUAACCCUCCCAGGAGGCGCGAGGCGCCUCAUAAUCCCCAGGCAGAACGAACGAACACUAAUACUACUAGGUAGCCGACACGAUGUAUGGUAAGAUUUCCAGUCCAGCUUUUAGACCAAAGCACCAGAACAAUAAAGGAAUGAAAAGGAGGAACCUGUGCUUUAUAAGUCCAUAUGAUGUCCAUAUAUUUCUGCGGAGUACUGUGUAGUGCUACUGAGAUGACUUGAACUUUUUUUGCACAAGAGAUGCUCUCUGUAAUCUUAUUACUGUUUGUGGUUUUACAAGUUUCUAAAAAAAAGAAAAAAGACGAAUAAAUGUUUAUUUAUUUAUUUUAAAAU